AUGGCCGAUAUUCGCGACCAACACAACGGCUCCCCAAUGCCUGGUGUCGCCCGCAACGACGACCCGGCACUAGACAUUGCUCGCGAGCACGACCACCCACACGUGCACCACAGCGCGCGUGCGGCCCAUCCUGACAACAUUGUCUACACCACGGGAACCACGGACGAGAAGACCAGCAAGUUGUUCCAGCCCAGCGCUCUUGACAGCCAUCUCCACCAGCGCCAUUCUGCAGGUGACAUUGAGAAGGCGGGUGGUUAUGACUAUGAAGUCGAGAAAGCUACCCGCAGCUCGUCUGAUCCCGAGAUGGAGGCAGAGAAGAAGCUGUGGUACACUUCCUUCUCUGCUUUCUACAGGGCCUUCAGAUUGCCUAUCCACGUUUUUAUUGGAGCGCUCUUCACCGGAUGGUGGAUUGCCAGUGUAGUCGUGCACCGCCAUGACAAGAAUUGGAUCAUUCCGUUCCUGUUCUGGUUGGCCAUUAUGAUCCGCCUCAUUACUCUGCACAUUCCCAUCACCAUUGUCACCAAGCCUAUGCACUGGGUCUGGGCCAACACUGGAACGAGAUUUGCAAACCUCAUCCCGGAGAAGAUGCGGAUUCCUUCCGCUGCUGCCCUCACUAUCGCUGUCAUCAUUGUCGGAUCCUUCGCCAGUAAGGAGAGCGAGGACAACACACGCGCCAACCGUGCCGUCUCGCUCUUCGGUCUCUUAGUCUUCAUCUUCGGCUUCUGGGCCACUUCUCGCAACCGCAGCAAGAUUGUAUGGCAUACCGUUAUUGUUGGUAUGCUGAUGCAGUUCGUCAUCGCACUGUUUGUCCUCCGUACCAAGGCCGGAUACGACAUCUUCAACUUCAUCUCCGAGCUCGCCCGUCUGCUCUUGGGAUUCGCCAGGGAUGGUGUCGCCUUCUUAACAACCCCAGAGAUCUCUCAGAACACAUACUUCAUGUUCAGUGUUAUCCCUGCCAUCAUCUUCUUCGUCUCCUUCGUCCAGCUCUUGUACUACUGGGGCAUCCUCCAGUGGUUCAUUGGCAAAUUCGCCGUCUUCUUCUUCUGGGCCAUGCGAGUAUCUGGUGCCGAGGCUGUCGUCGCUUCUGCGUCUCCUUUCAUCGGUCAGGGUGAAUCCGCCAUGUUGAUCAAGCCUUUCGUCCCCCACCUUACCAUGGCGGAGAUGCAUCAAGUCAUGUGCUCUGGAUUCGCUACCAUCGCCGGUAGUGUUUUGGUCGCCUACAUUGGUAUGGGUCUUAAUCCGCAAGCCUUGAUCUCAUCUUGCGUCAUGAGCAUUCCCGCGUCGCUCGCCUUCAGUAAGCUGCGAUACCCGGAGACCGAGGAGACUCUUACCGCCGGUCGUGUUGUUGUACCCGACGACGAUGAGCACAAGGCCGCUAACGCCCUCCAUGCAUUCGCCAACGGUGCCUGGCUCGGUCUGAAGAUCGCCGGUAUGAUCGUCUCUACCCUUUUGUGUAUUAUUGCCCUUCUCAACUUGGUGGAUGGUCUCCUCACCUGGUGGGGGCGCUACAUCAACCUCGACGGCGACUACGACUUGACGCUCGAGUUGAUCCUUGGUUACCUUUUGUACCCAGUCGCCUUCCUUCUCGGUGUAUCGCGCCAAGGCAACGAUCUGCUCCUUGUGGCUCGUCUCAUUGGUAUCAAGGUCAUUACCAACGAGUUUGUUGCAUUCCAAUCGCUCGUCGACCCAGACCCCAAGUCUCCUUACCACGACCUUAGCCCACGUUCUCGCCUCAUUGCUACCUACGCCCUCUGCGGUUUCGGUAACAUCGGUUCUCUGGGUACCCAAAUCGGUGUGCUCAGUCAAAUCAGUCCUGGUCGCAGUGGUGAUGUCUCGCGCCUCGCUCUGUCGGCUCUCAUUACAGGUGUCUUCUCCACCUUGUCGAGUGCUACAGUCGCAGGUCUCGUUGUCCUCGACGGGUCCAAUUUCAGCUCAGGCUCGUAG